ACACAGGGUUAGGGGAGUUAUUGAUGAACAGACACCCCAGAUCUACUCACAGCACCCCAGAUCUUCUCAAAGCACCCCAGAUCUUCUCACAGCACCCCAGAUCUUCUCACAACACCCCAGAUCUACUCACAGCACCCCAGAUCUUCUCACAGCACCCCAGAUCUACUCACAGCACCCCAGAUCUACUCACAGCACCCCAGAUCUUCUCACAGCACCCCAGAUCUACUCACAGCACCCCAGAUCUACUCACAGCACCCCAGAUCUUCUCACAGCACCCCAGAUCUUCUCACAGCACCCCAGAUCUACUCACAGCACCCCAGAUCUUCUCACAGCACCCCAGAUCUACUCACAGCACCCCAGAUCUACUCACAGCACCCCAGAUCUACUCACAGCACCCCAGAUCUUCUCACAACACCCAGAUCUUCUCACAGCACCCCAGAUCUACUCACAGCACCCCAGAUCUACUCAGUGCACCCCAGAUCUUCUCACAACACCCAGAUCUACUCACAGCACCCCAGAUCUUCUCACAACACCCCAGAUCUUCUCACAGCACCGCAGAUCUUCUCACAGCACCCCAGAUCUUCUCACAGCACCGCAGAUCUUCUCACAGCACCCCAGAUCUACUCAGUGCACCCCAGAUCUUCUCACAGCACCCCAGAUCUACUCAGAGCACCCCAGAUCUUCUCACAGCACCCCAGAUCUUUUCACAGCACCCCAGAUCUACUCAGAGCACCCCAGAUCUUCUCACAACACCCAGAUCUACUCACAGCACCCCAGAUCUUCUCACAGCACCCCAGAUCUACUCAGUGCACCCCAGAUCUUCUCACAACACCCAGAUCUACUCACAGCACCUCAGAUCUUCUCACAGCACCCCAGAUCUACUCACAGCACCCCAGAUCUACUCAGUGCACCCCAGAUCUUCUCACAGCACCCCACAAUGUCAUCUCUCAGUUUCCCCUUCUCGGCCUCAGCCCUGCGCUCAUUUCAGUUAGAGGCACAAGAGCAGGAGAGGUGGGAGAUCCGCAAGAGACUGAGUCGGAGGGGACACAGAGCCCAACCAGAAGUGAUCACCCCCAAACCCCAGCCCCGCCCCCCAAUGCUCUGCACAGACCCCGUCUUUCACACUGCUCUGUUCAGCGGAGACCGCAGUGCUCUGCAACAUCAUGUGACUGCCCAGGGUUCCGCCAACCUGAUCCUUCCCACGCGGAGCCACGAACUGCGCUGGGACAGCCAACAAACUGGAAUCUGGUCACUAACAUAUGAGGAGGAAUUUACUUGUCCUUUAUUUGUCACUGCAAGCCGUGGCUAUGCUGAGUGCCUCCAGCUACUCCUGCGACAGGGAGCAAAUGUGGAUUUUGCCCCUGGGGGGGAGACUGCACUGCAUGGCGCAUGUGAGAACGCACACACCGAAUGCGCCAAGAUACUGCUCAGCUACGGAGCCAACCCCAACGUGGGGUCCCAAGAUGGCGCCCACCCACUGCACUGCUGCAAAUCUCCUGAAUCCUACCAAUGUGCCAAGUUACUCCUGCAGUACGGGGCCUAUGUGAACAGUCAGACGGAGGAUGAGGAGGAGACCCCCCUGCACGUGGCGGCACAGCUGGGAUUGGUGGAACAUGUGGAUCUGUAUCUUCGCUAUGGCGCCAGUGUCAACAAACGGGACAACAAGGGAGAGACCCCCCUGUGUGCUGCGUGUAGUGCCCCCCAAACUUGUGACAUGCUGGAGAGUCACUACCUGGUGUGCGAGCGACUGAUCCAAGCUGGGGCCAAUAUUCACGCCCGUGACCAUGAGCAGCAGAACCCCCUGCACCUGGCGUGUAAGUCUGCCAACCCCCGCGUGGUGGAGCUGCUGCUGGCGCAGGGGGCCGAGGUUAAUGCCAUGAGUUACAGUGGUAACACCGCCAUGCAGAACAUACUACAGGUCUCCUCCUACAGACUCCCCAACCAACCGGAGCUCAUUGUGCGGGCGCUGCUCAACCACGGGGCCAUACGGGUCUGGCCAGGGGCACUGAUCAAGGUCCUGCGAUACUGUUGCUCCUCCCCCCGUACAGUCGAAGUCCUUAUGAACUGCUACACCCGAGUGCCCGUUAAUGACGAGUGGAGCAAUGCCGUGCCCCAAGAACUACUGCAGAAACACCCGGAGUUCUUCCAGUCAGUGUUUUCUCUGCAUGAGGGUCCCCGAUCCCUGCAGCACCUCUGCCGCUGUUGUCUACGUUCCCAUCUGGAGGGUAAACUCCACCAGGUUCUGCCCAAACUCCCCCUGCCCCCUAAGCUGCUCCGCUUUCUACAGCUCGAGUUUGAGGAUGUCGUGUACUGAACUGGGACUAUUCCUUGUUCCAUCCAAAACUGAACCAGAACCUACAGGAACACCCCUUUGUGCAGCAUAUCAACCCAAUACAUGAUAUACACACCAGUCUGAAGGCCAGUUAGGGGGAGAUUUGGGAUGAGUGCUUAUUUGUACCCUGGGUACCCCUGGAACUAUAGCAGGGUGACACCCCAAUGUUUCUAUAUAUCUGUAACCUUGUUAUGAGCUAAGGGGGCCCAGUCUGAAGGUCAGUUAGGGGGAGAUUUGGGGUGAGUGCUUAUUUGUACACUGGGUACCCCUGGAACUGUAGCAGGGUGACUGUUACCCCAUCGUUACCCCAAUUGCUAAAUCAGCUUCACAGAGGGAAAAGUCCUUCCCUGGAUCAAAUCAGCACUCUGACUCCCCCCACCCCCCAUUGGGUAGGUAGGAUCAUUGUGUGAUACUGGUGUUAAAGGGGUGAGUUAGGGUGCAAAUUGAUUUAUUUUGUGUUCAUCAGACAAGAAAAAUAAAAAAUGACGUAGAAAAUCUGGGCACAGUUUGCCUUCAAUUGAACAUUUACUACAAUGUAGAGGCUGCCAUUCACAGUCACUGGAAUAGAAAGCGGUUGCUUUCACGUAUCACUUACCCUAGCAACCAGGCAGUGGCUUGAAAUAUAGAGUGGGUGGAGUAAGUGCUACACAGAAGAGCGCAUGGUUAUCUGCCUGGUUGGUGCCUGAGAGCAUUUACAUUCCAGCUCAGAGGUAGAGGGGACACCACAAGGUCACAUACAGUAGGUGCUUUAGGUGAGGACAAAGGUGCAAAUACCCAUCAGACACUGAGUAUUCAUGUGAUCAGAGCAACCAAAGUGGAAGGGAAUGCCAGUGUGAUUGGCAUCUCUUAUUGAAGUGGCACAGGGGUCCCCCAGGGCAUCGCAGCCUAAAGAAUUCUUCUUGCAGAACCCUGAGUGGAUGCUCCUUAUCCUGGCAAAGAGGUGCCCUCCUUCUGUAACAGGAGGCUUCAGGGACGUAUUGUAAAGUGGCAAAGAAGAGGCCACAGCAUGGUGAUAGGCCGGACUCUGAACAUCAGGAGAAGGUGUAAGUGCAAAGUGAGCCCCGCUGGGCACUUUGAGGAGGUUCAUGAGUUUAGUGGCUCUGAUGAGGAUCUGCUCACUCUCCUCCCAACACACGGGGAGAUCAUGGCUGAACUCUGCACACGGGACCUCAUUUUGGAAAGGUACAGAGCUACUUUUGGGAUCAAGUCCUGGCUACGGGAAGCCAGUUUGGUUAGGGUUGUCAUGAGUGUGGUGAUUACACGUGGUGAAGACUUGGGGACACCCAACAAGUCCCACAUUUGUGUGAUCUCAAACAGCAGAGUCUCCAGAACAUCAAAGAACAAGUUAAACUGCUCCACGGUGCACCUCCUGUCAUUGGAAAUAGACAUGUAUUCACCAACAGCCCACACCCCAUGGGUGAAUAGGGGCUCCUUGCUCUGGAUGUUCCUCAUGGUAUCCACAAAGUCCAACAGUUGAUGAGAAAGCUCCACUACAAGGGCAGGUGACACAAGUGGGGAAGCUGAGAGCUCAUGAAUUUGUGCACCUUGUCUUAUAUACAUUAUAGUUCUGUGAUUGAAAGAGGAGCCCACUGCGCUCGAGCAACACUACAACCAGCAUUGUCUUUAUUGGGCUACUGGACCCUAAGCACUUGCACUUUACAUAUUUGAUUGAGGGUUUAUUUGGUGAUAAUUGGAGAGUGGUGAUUCCUCAUUUAUAGGUCAUUUAUAGGAAAUUCUAUGUAUUAAAUGGGCACUUCUUUCUCCUCUUACUGAGAAUUAGUUCCAUUGAUCUAUUCAGGUAGGUGUAAGUUUAAACUGAGAAAAGUAUGAUGUUGUGAUAUAGGCCUUAUGGUAACAUUGUGUCCAGAUCUUACUUUCACACCUGAGUUUCAGCCAACUCCUACCUGAAUAGUUCAAUGGAACCAUUGUGAUUGGAUAUUGGUGACUGUUUCCUUAAAGGCUUGGUGGAACAAAUCAACCUACAUGAAAUAUGUAGAGGAUAAGAUUAUCCCUAGAGGUCUUAGAAUUAGACUAUUUCCCACCAAUCAACCAGGCUUUAAACAAAAGUCUCUCCAGAUGCUCCAUAGAGUUAAUAUGUAUUCUUUAUGAAUAGGAGGGCACAGUAGUGAAUAAUUUCACAGAGAAGGUAAAAAUGAAAGAAGUUCAAUUACAAGAAUACAAAGAUUGUUUGGAAUAUACCUCAUUUCUCUCUAAAAUGGAUGAACAGUUAGAUACAUUAGAACAAGAAACAACUGCAAAGAAAAGACAUUAAUUCAUUAGAGAUCUAUGUGAUUUCCCAACCAGGGAAUAUUUAUAAAUGGGAGAAAAAAAAGUGAUAGACCUUUCAAUAUUCAACCUAAAUCUGAUAAUGAGUCAACGGGUACUGACGUGUCUGAACGUUAGAUCCUCCUGAUUAAAGAUCUGUUCGGGUGUAUAUAGAUCAAAAGGAUUAUCCCAUUGUGUUAUUUGUGAAAUGGGAUUAAAUUUGCUCAAGUUCAACUCA